GCGAGAAAGAACGAACGCAGCCAUCUUUAUUUCCGAAAAAACUGUCUGAAUAAAUUUGGAAAACUGAUUUGAUUUAUUCAUGCAAUGUAAAGAGAAAAUAAUUUCCCUACCACGCAGAAACGGCGCGGAGACUGUCAAGAAUUGACUGGAAAGAAAUGAACAUUGAAAGCGAAAGCUCUAAAGGUGCUGAAACAGUUGUCAAUGUUCUUGAUGCUAUAUUAGGUGAAGAUGAAUUAACCACUUCUGCUAGUGAUGCUGUUGUAAAUGUUCUUGAUGCUAUAUUAGACGGUGAAGACGAACUAAGUGCAGAAGUACCAGAAGACACUGGUAAAUCUAUAUUAAAAUCCAAAGGAAAGAAAUCUCUUAUAAAGAAACCCAAAACUGUUGAAAAGAAAGAUUUGGCAGGUCCAGAAAAGUCAAAGAAAAAGACCAAAACAGAGGGAAAUAGUGUUGAUAAAACAAUUGGUAAUAUGGUAGAAGAAGAUAAUCAUUUAAAUCUGAGUUUAUCUGCUGAUGAAACUGAUGAUGUUAAACAGCCUGCAAUUGAUCAGGAUGCCUUAGAUUAUGAUACUAGAAGUGAAACUGGUAGUUCAAACUAUACUGAUGCCACAGAUGAUGAUCAACCUGGUAAAAAAAGAAGAAAAAAGAAAAAGGUAGAACCUAGAGAUAUAUCACCUAUAGAAUGGGAUAAAGCUAGUGCUCAAAGUGAUGAUGAGUCUCGAAGAGCAAGAUCUAAAAUAAAAUAUGUGUUCCGAAAUGCAUGCUAUUUCCUUAUUAAAAGUAAUAAUCAUGAAAAUGUAGCAUUGGCUAAAGCAAAAGGAGUUUGGUCAACUCCACCACAGAAUGAAGCUAGAUUAAAUCAAGCCUUUAGAGACUUUGAUAAUGUUAUUUUGAUAUUUUCUGUAAAGGAGAGUGGCAGAUUUCAAGGAUUUGCUAGAAUUGCAGAAGAAGCUACCAAAGACCAUCCAGCAAUAAGAUGGGUGUUACCUCCAGGAAUGAGUGCCAGAGCUCUCAGUGGUGUUUUUAAAUUAGACUGGAUUACACGGCAUGAGUUAGCUUUUACUAAAGUUAAUCAUCUACACAAUCCAUGGAAUGAAAACUUACCAGUUAAAAUAGGUCGAGAUGGACAGGAAAUAGAACCAACAUGUGGAGAAACACUGUGUCGAUUAUUCCCAGCUGAUGAUAAUAUUGAUUUGAUAACAAUCGCGAGAAAAAUAGUGAAAUCCGGUAAACGUACCGUUCAUUCAGAGAAAAGUCGAGAGAGAUAUCAACCAGCUCGGAGAGGAAGCUUAAAUAGACGUCGACCUGGAGGACGUGAAGAGUUUUUUGAUGGGCCUCGUAGAAAACGAAUGAGAAAUGAUUAUGAACGUGAUGGCUUUAGGCGAAUGGAAAGAGGAGGACCACGAGGAUUUAAUCCACCAGGUGUCAGAAGAGAGACAUUCCUAAAUGGAUCCUACAGUGAUUAUAUGCGAGAGUUUGCUCAUGGUAAAUUUCAUCCACCACCAAUGCCACCGUUCGGACCUCCACCCCCUGGAUAUUUUGAGCCACCCCAAGUGUAUCCGGGACAUCAAUAUAAUCGAACACCACGAGAAUUCCUAACUCGUACAGACUACCCUCCACCACAGACAUCUAGAAGUGGUGAAUCAGCUAAGCGAUCAAUGAGACAGUAUGAAAGGGAUGUGGAUGACUUUUUACGAAGAACCUCUCAUAGAUCUAGUAGCCGAAGACGAGAUCGAGAUUCUGAUAGAGAUCGAGAAGGUGGUCGGGAUAGAGAUGGUGGUCGGGAAAGGGACAGAGAUCGAGACAAAGAUCGUAGAGAUAGAGGUAGAGAUCGUGAUAGAUCUCGAGAGAGGCGAUAAUAUGGCAAAACGUACAUGUUAUGGGAACAAAACUGGCAUUAUUAUGAACAAGAGAAUGAUGGGGUUUAUUUGUUUAGUUUUAAUUUGGGAGAGUAUAUUUAAGUGUGUGACUGAAACUGCUUGGAUAUUUUGAUAAAAUUUCUAGAGGAAUAUAUGGUAAUAAAACAUGUUAUUUGUUGAAUAUAAAUAUGUGUGUGUUUAGUAUCACUGAAUUUUAUUGUAUAAAUCAUUUAAUACGCACACGUUGCUAUUAGGUUAUAUUGUAAAUACCGCUUUCUAUUUGUUUUGUCAUAGUUAAAAGUACAUUAACCAUGGCUAACCUUAUAGGUGUUUGUCCAAGGUUAAAAUUUGUCUUGUAAUAAAUCUUUUUCAAAAAGUUUAGGUAGGUUAAUUGUAAUAAAACUUGUAUCAUUUUCAAUUUUAACUCAUACAAACAGGUGAUAUAAACUCUAUUUUAUAUUUUAAAAAAAAGAAUAGAGCCCUUUUAAUAGGAUAUUAUUAAGGUCAUACAAUUGUAACCUACCAUUAUGUGAUUAGUACUUUACACCACAAUAAAAUACAUUACCCCAUAUGAUGACCUUCACUAUAAAUAAGAAAAGAUUAUGUAUUGUCGAAGGACAGUAUUAGUGUAUACUUGAGCUCAAUAUUUUACUAAUCCAAUAAAAAUAUCUUAUGAAAAGAAUGUGGUCUUUAUAUGUACUUGUAUAUAUUAAUUGAAUUUGGUAAACUACUUACAGAACAAAUAUCUCAUAACUGUAUUCAUCAACUGAAGGCAUUACAUAUUUUAUAUGGUAUUACUUGUAAUAGAGGAUAGAUGCUAAUGGAUAUGACAUAAAUUUUUUGAAAUAUUACAACUCAUAUUCUCACUCUAGUCAGGUUUCAUUACAAAAUAAUAUAAGUUCACCAACUGCUUUUUUUUUUUUUACGUUUUUAAUAUGCAUGGUUUCUUGAUUGGUCUAAUCACUACAUUAAUUCAUAUCUGAUCAUAAGGACUAUUCCAUUUCCAAUUACCAGGGGAGUGGGAAUGCUACUUUAGAGUUAUAGACACCCCCCCCCCCCCCCCCCCCCCCCCUCAAUAACAACAAAAAUGUGUGUAUUUGUUAGAGAUAUUUCCAAAUGGAGACAGUUUUAUCUUGGGGUGAUUAAUAAAAAGAAAUCCUUUUGUGUUAUUAACUUUUUUUUUUCUACUGUAUAUUAUAAACAUGUCUAUAUUGAAUUUCUAAAUCUAAUACACAUUUUAUUACAUGCUUUAUUGAAGUAUACAGUCAGUGCUUGUUUGAUAUCAGUAUUUUUAACCUCUAUCAUUGUGCUGGUAAGAGAUUAGAUACUUGAUUAACUUGUAAUAAAUUUUAUCAUUUUUUAAGUCAUUUUCUCAUCAAAUCACAUAAGAAAAUAAAUGUAAAUAGAAAGUUAA